GAAAGUAAAGAGUUCUUUCUUCCGCGCCACGGGAACGCCAAAAAGCCGACCUCAUCGUCAUAUUUUCGCAAAGACCCUCGCACAUUUACAACCAUAGAUAACUUGUUGGAUGAGGGUAUUCCAGCAGAUAGAGUUUACAAUACCAUGAUCAAGGAAAAGACAACCACCGUCAGCGAGACAAUACCAGGCCCAAAGAUGAUUGCAAAUAGAAAAUACAAAAAUAUGAAGGCCACAUCAACCAAGACCACUCUGAAGCGUAAUGAAGCGGAAACACUGAUAGCAAGUUUGCAUACCCUGCCUCUCAACAGCAGUGUUACCUUCACAAAAGAGCAAUACAUCUCAGUCAACUCGUCUCCCAACAUGCUGAAUGACCUACAUCGAUUCUGCGCUCUUGGAAACAGUAUUCUGAGAAUCGAUACCACUUUUGAGUGGGUCGAUGGCCUAUGGCUAACAGAUACUACAUACGUGAACCAGUCCUUAAUCAACCAGAGCAACCAGCAUCCUGAGUUCCCAGGUCCAAGCUUCUGGCAUUUCAAAAAGAGUCGAGAAAGUUAUAGAAGAUUCGCUGGUGAACUCACCAUUGCUAAACCAGAAUUGCUAGGAAUAAAGAAGAUCGGCCAUGAUCUUGACAAAGCUAUUCAGGGAUGCUGGUGA